ACCUUCAAGUUUGUUCUCAUGAUCGCGGCAUGAAGAACAUCACCGAAGCUACAGUAUUUGUACUCAAGGGACUUACAGACAGCACUGAACUGCAGAUCAUCCUCUUUUCUGUCUUUCUAAUAAUUUACCUUCUUACCCUCAUUGGAAAUUUAGGACUGAUAUUUUUAGUCAUUGUGGAUUCCAGGCUCCACAAUCCCAUGUACUGUUUCCUGAGUGUGUUAUCUUCUGUAGAUGCCUGCUACUCCUCAGAUAUAACCCCGAGAAUGUUAGUAGGCUUUAUGUCAAAAAACAAAAACAUUUCAUUCAAUGAAUGUGCAACACAAUCGUUUCUUGCUGUCACUUUUGGGACCACAGAGUGCUUUCUGUUGGCAGCAAUGGCUUACGACCGCUACGUAGCCAUCUACAACCCACUGCUCUACUCAGUGAGCAUGUCCACCAAGGUCUACACUCCUCUUAUCAUUGCUUCCUAUGUUGGUGGAAUUACUCACGCAAUCAUCCACACAGUAGCCACUUUCAGCCUGUCUUUUUGUGGAUCCAAUGAAAUCAGACAUAUAUUUUGUGAUAUACCCCCUCUGCUUGCUAUUUCCUGCUCUGAUACUUACAUAAAUGAGCUCCUACUGUUCCUGUUUGUGAGCUCCAUUGAGCUCGUCACCAUCCUCAUUGUCCUGGUCUCCUAUGGCUUUAUCCUGUGGGCCAUUCUGAGGAUGCACUCAGCUGAAGGGAGGAGAAAAGUGUUCUCUACAUGUGGAGCUCACCUCACAGGGGUGUCCAUUUAUCAUGGGACAAUCCUCUUCAUGUAUGUGAGACCAAGUUCCAGCUAUGCCUUGGAGCAUGACAUGGUAGUGUCAAUAUUUUACACCAUUGUGAUCCCCAUGCUGAAUCCCAUCAUCUACAGUUUGAGGAACAAAGAUGUAAAAGAGGCCAUGAAAAAAGUUUUGAAAAAAUGUUCACAAUAA